AUGAAGAAGCCGAAUUUCCACGUUGUCGCGCCCUCACUACCUAACUUUGGGUUUAGGCAGCGCAUCGCGAAGCGCGGGUUUUGCGCUGUCGCAGUACGCAGAGACGUGUUAUUUGCUGAUGAAGGCACUCAGGUAUGCGCAGUACGUGAGUCAAGGCGGCGACUGGGUGGCUUCUACGUGACGCGAAUCAUGGGCGUGGUGUAUCCGUCGAGCGUGGUGGCCAGCCAUAUCAACCUGGUGCACGCGCAGCCGCCGGUGUGGACGUCGCAGCCGGGUCUCCCGCUGCAGCACGCGGCGACGCCGUACACAGCCGCUGAAAAGGGCGGGAUGGAGCGGUCGGCGUGGUUUGUCACAGAGGGCCAGGCGUAUUGGCAGCUGCAGACGACAAAGCCGCAGACGCUGGCCUACGCCUUCGCCGACAGUCCUGUUGCACUUCUCGCGUGGACCUACGAGAAGCUCGUCGACUGGACCGAUGGCUGUGCCUGGACGACCGACGAGAUCCUGACGUGGCUCAGCAUCUACUGCUUCAGCACCGCCGGCCCUAACGCACACAUUAGGAUCUACUACGAAGCUCAGCAUCACCCCACGGCCUGCGUGCCUGACCGCGACCGCGCGAGUCAGUGGGUCUAUGGCGUCAAGCUGGGGGUUGCCCAUUUCCCGCGUGAGCUCACGGUUGUGCCGCGGCUGUGGGCAAAGACGCUAGGACCUCUGGUGUACGAAAGCGUCCUUGACAAAGGCGGCCAUUUUGCCGCGCACAAGAGACCAAAUGCGAUCGUCGCGGAUCUGCACAACAUGUUCGGCGCAGGCGGGCCGUGUCAGGGCAUGGUGCGUGGUAGGUCCGGAUACAGGUAG